UAACGUUGUGCUCCCGGCCGCGGGGCUUCACGCUAAUUACGCCGCUUCAAUGGAUUUAACCAUGAGCCUCUAACCCGUGACGGUCAUGAGAGUUGCCUUCCCUUCAUUUCUCUCCUGCAGACUGAAGCACAGCAUAUUUGGCCGGUGAAAAAACAAGAGAUAUCUCACCACCAGGACUUUCAAGAAGACGGCCCGGCCAGAGGAACUGUUCACCGCAAUCUAAUUAUCUAAUUUGGGUGGAUGCUGUGUAAUCGGACUAGCGGGAUGCCUCGUGGGGACUUCAACAUUUAUUUCGCCAGCAGGCGCGGUGGUUACGUCAGAGCUGAAGAGGCAGUGGGCAUAGCUCUGCUGGUGAUCAUCCUGGCAGCUCUCCUCAUUCUGGGCUGUUGGUUCUUCAAAAGGAGGAGUGGCUACAAAAUAAUCAGGAGCCCCAGGCCAGGAUCACCAGGCUACACAGGAGGCCAGUACAGUGAGGCAGGACCCUCUGCAGACAACAAGAUGGCCCUCAGUGACUUUGGCAGCCUCCGACCUGUGGUUCCUAAUGCCCCCCCUGCCUAUGAGAAGAUAUCUUCAGGACCGCUGCCUCCUCCUUAUUCCCCCUGAAGCUCUUGGGCCUCUGAAGAAAAGCAAAUCAUAUCACAUAUCAAACUCUGACCUUCACAUGUUGCUUGUCGACAUCUAAUUUCAUUAUCAACUUUUGGUAAUAUAAUUGUAACAAUAUAUUGUUUGACAAGAUGCCUUCUGUGACAAAUCAUAAAAACAUAUCAGUAUCUUAAUGAAUGUAUAUCAGUCAUGUUCAGCGUUACGUAAAACAAUUUUAUCACUCGUUUUGAAACCUCUGUAAGAAUGUCUCCAGUGUAUACUGGUUAUUUCAAUAAAAACAAUCAGAUCGCCAAAGCAACCAGCUUUGAAGAAAGCAGAGCAAGCACACAUGUUGAGGACAGUUGCAUUGUUUAUUUCCAUGCAGUAAUGUCCACAUUUGUCCAAUGAAAAUGUCCAAAUGUAACUACCAAAUAUUUUUGAAAAAUCUAUAUGGUAAAAAUAAAUAAAUGUGACUUCAAAA